UUUAACAGGUGUAUCAACUCCUCACAGACCUCAAGGAGAAGAGGAAAGAGAGCGGUAAAAAACACAGCACGGGUCAGCAGAAUCUGAACACCAUUAUGUAUGAGACUUUGAAGUACCUUUCCAAAACAGCAUGUUCUCGACAGAGUCCCGAGAUUGUGAACGAGUUUCUCACCACCAUGCGCGACCACAAACUCACCAAAGCAGAGAAGCUUCAGCUCCUAAAUCAUAGGCCACAGACUACUGUGGAGAUCCAGUUGAUGGUGGAGGAGAGUGAGGAAAGACUGUCGGAAGAGCAGAUUGAAGAACUCAUCCAGAAGGUGACAGACGUUCUCCCAGGAGACCCUGCAGAAGAAGGGGAGGCCGAUAUGGAGGCCUCAGCAGACCAGUAGAACCCUUUCUUUCAUUGUGUCCCGUGUGUGUGUGUGUGUGUGUGUGUGUGUGUGUGUGUGUGUGUAGAUUUCCCUGAAAACAAAUAUAUUUGUAGAAAGGAGUUUGUGACCAGUGUGAAAUAUUUAUUUAAAAUUUUAUUUUUACUGUCUGAAUAAAAAAUAGAAUCUCACAA